CUAUUGGACAAGUCUGGCAGAAUCACAGAGCGUAUUCUCACUGCAUGAAUUACCCCCAGGGUCAGGCACAAGAAUUUACGACUGGUCAACAAAUUCACGUGAUCUAAACUUGUGCCCCAUAUUUGGUUGCCUACGUAGGAGGCAGAGAAAUGACAUGUCCUUUAUUUCCAUAUUUCAUUAUAUAUCGUGCAGUCUAGUGGCGAAUAAACGUCUAAGAACCACAAAUCAAACCCCCCUAAAAGGCAGAUGAGUUCCUACUUUCUAAACUCCUUCUCAGGUCGCUAUCAAAAUGGCCACGAGUAUCAGUUGCAGAAUUAUGGAAAUGCUUCCCCUUUGGGCGAGCAUUUCGGAGAACCAGCGGUGCUCUCCACCAGGUAUGCUUACGAUUACACCGGGGUAGACCUCAGCAUCACACGUUCUAACUCAAAUCAGUGUGGAGACACUGAAAGGUCUGCCAACUACUUACAAACAGCCAGCAACACUUUCCUUAGCUCAUCUGGUGCGAAAAAUAAGUCUUCUGACACUGCAUUCUUCUCGGGAUCCUCACCAAGCCCAACUAGCAGGGCUAAGACUGGGGCUACUAUCACAGAGUCCAGACACAGCUGUAGCCAAGACCCAUCGCCUGUCACCGAUAAGCAUCCUGAGGAGACCAGCAGUCCCAAACCAGAAACUGGACAACUAGCGCAGGACCAAGCACAUCAGACGCAAAUAUACCCAUGGAUGAGAAAGCUGCACCUUAACCAAGAAGGCUUAGGUGGAACAGAAGGAAAAAGAACCAGGACGGCUUAUACCCGUUACCAGACUCUGGAGCUAGAAAAAGAAUUUCAUUAUAACAGAUACCUUACACGACGCCGGCGGAUAGAAAUCGCUCAUGCCCUGUGCUUGACUGAAAGACAAAUUAAAAUCUGGUUUCAGAACCGAAGAAUGAAAUGGAAAAAGGACAACAAAUUGAAAAGCAUAAGUAUCACCCCUCCAGGAGGAGGGUUUCAGCCUUAGCUGUUUCACACAACUGGCUAUGUUAAUAUUAUUAUUUAGGUGAUCUCUUCAUUUGCAAUAAGAAAGGUUGGUUGGGCAAGUAUUGAAUGGAGUGCUUCUAUUCGGACUUUGGUAAUAGCUUGGUAUCCACCUCCCAUGUACUGGUCACCAGUACGUACAGAAAAUAAUCCGUGUAGAACUAAUCCAUGGUCUCCGACAAAUAUUAGCGAUGGUUUUAUUUCAUAUUUAAAACAUCCACGCUUAAAUUCGAGAUGUGGGAGGGAGAGAGAAGAAAAGAGUGGUCAGCAGUUGUGAUGUAAGACAUUUGUCUCUAAAAAUGGGGUAAAUAUGUGUUGUAUAUUUUGUUGCUGUACAAGCAGAUCCUAUGUAGGAUAAUAGCUUCGCUAAGUGUAUAAUUUAAUAAUAUUUUGUAAAACCUAGAUCAGAAAUGUUGUACUUUGUUUCUACAUUAAAUGCGAUUUUCUUAUUAUUGCUUGGAAUGCUGAUGGCACCAGUGUCGCUGUGGUCCCAGGUAUAUUUUGUCAUGUAUAUUCUGUACAUAACAUGUUUAAAUGUCUACCAAUAUCUAAUGUAAAUGAAAGGAGUGGUGUUUUGUCUACAAGGUUGAAAUAAAAACGGUUUUAACAAUAAA